AUGGAAGACCUAUGGUUGUUGCUGCUCCUGCCUCUGUACCUGGCAGCCUUCCAUGGAGUCAAAGGCUGCCUGGAAUGUGACCCCAAAUUUAAAGAGGAUAUUAAAUCAUUGUUGGAAAAGCUGGUACCCUCAGAUGUCCCUGGCCGAACUCAACUGCUUGAAGAGCAGAUUAAAGAGAUGAUCAAUUUAAGCGUCAAGGUCACCCAUGAAAAUAAGAUGUUUCGGGUGUUAGCUGUUCAAGAGGUUGUCAGUUUGAAAACAUGGCUGAAGAAUGAACUUUAUAAAGUAGGCAAUAAAACAUGGAAAGGUGUCUUUAUCCUUCAAGGCAAGCUUCUUGAUGUCCGCCAAAACCUGGAAUCCAAACUGAAAGAAAUAUUAAAGCACUUCUCUGAACUUGCUUGUUCUGAAGAUUGCAUGGUGACUGAAGGUCCUAUCCUGGAUUGUUGGAAUUGUCUUCGUAUCAACACCCCGUGCUUCAAAGGAGAGUAUUGUGGAGAAGAGGAUUCAAGGAAGUCUGAGAAUCGAGAAAUUGCAUUAUUUCUGACAUUGAUAGCAGAAGCUGUAAUAUUGGGAACUGCUGUGUUACUAUUCCAUAUUUGUGUAACUCAUCAGAAGAAAAUGAAGACAAUACGAAGGUCAUUAGAGAAAUACUCAGAGAAGAAACUUGAAGAAUUAAUGAGGAUCAGAGAUGAAAAGAACAAAGACUUUGGAAUCUGA